UCACAUGUUUCUUUCAUGCUUCGAUUUCGUCCAUUAAAUGGUUUCUUGAAUUCUUAAACAAUUCUCGUACUUCCUUCAUUUUCCUGAAAGCGUGGAAGAAAAGGAUCUGCAAUUGCUUUCAAGGUCAACGUCGUUGAGGCUUGUUCUCGCUCUGUUUCUUCCGUCAUUUUGAGAUGGAAGAAGGAAACCCUAGUUUCACUGUGGAUGAAGCACUUGUGGGGAUUGGGUUUGGGAAGUUUCAGCUGUACGUUCUUGCUUACGCUGGAAUGGGUUGGGUUGCCGAGGCUAUGGAGAUGAUGCUCCUCUCUUUCGUCGGACCUGCUGUUCAGUCGCUGUGGAGUCUCUCUGCACGUGAGGAGAGCUUGAUAACUAGCGUCGUUUUUGCUGGCAUGCUCAUUGGAGCUUACUCUUGGGGUAUUGUUGCUGACAAACAUGGCCGCAGGAGAGGGUUUAUCAUAACUGCGGUGGUGACUUUCCUAGCUGGUUUCUUGAGUUCAUUUGCACCAAACUACAUGUCCUUGAUCGUUCUCCGCUGUUUGGUUGGUCUCGGGUUAGGAGGAGGUCCUGUUCUCGUCUCCUGGUAUCUCGAAUUCAUCCCUGCUCCAAACCGAGGGACCUGGAUGAUUGUUUUCUCAGCUUUCUGGACCGUUGGAACCGUCUUCGAGGCUUCACUCGCUUGGUUAAUCAUGCCAAGCUUAGGUUGGAGGUGGCUGCUUGCACUCUCCUCUCUACCUUCGUCGCUGCUUCUCCUGUUCUAUAGGUGGACGCCUGAGUCUCCUCGGUACUUAAUCCUACAAGGCCGGAAAGCAGAAGCUCAGUCCAUACUAGAGAAGAUUGCGAGAAUGAACGGAUCCCCACUACCUAAAGGUGUUCUCCGCUCAGAGAUUGAAACCGAGAAUAAAAAAAGCAUUCCAACAGAAAACACUCAUCUCCUCAAGCCUGUAGAAGAAACAUCUGCUCCUUCUUUGUCCAAGAUAGUCCCACCUGACAACAGCAACGGACCAGGCUUUAUGUUGCUAACUCUUCUAUCUCCAGAGCUAAUCAAACGGACUCUGCUACUAUGGGUUGUAUUCUUCGGAAACGCCUUUGCUUACUACGGCGUCGUCCUUCUCACCACCGAGCUCAACAACUCCCAAAAUAGCUGCCAUCUUACCGGAAAAGUGCUGCAACAUUCUUCAAACGAUGUUAACUACAGAGACGUUUUCAUCGCCAGUUUUGCAGAGUUUCCAGGGCUACUUAUAUCAGCAGCAAUGGUGGACAGGCUCGGACGCAAAGCGACAAUGUCAUCAACGCUAUUCCUCUGCUGCAUCUUCCUUCUUCCUCUGCUAACUCACCAGUCACCAACCGUAACCACAGCUCUUCUCUUUGGCGGCCGUACCUGCGUCUCGGCAGCUUUCGCGGUGGUUUACAUCUACGCACCUGAGAUAUAUCCCACGGCGGUAAGAACGACGGGAGUAGGAGUGGCUAGUUCGGUGGGGAGAAUAGGAGGAGUGCUGUGUCCACUAGUAGCCGUGGGGUUAGUUCACGGGUGCCAUCAGACAGUGGCUGUUCUUCUCUUCGUGAUAGUGAUGUUUGUCUCAGGAAUCUGCGUUUGUCUCUUCCCGUUCGAGACCAGUGGUCGUGAGCUGACGGAUACAAUCUCUUCUGCCUCCAAGAAGCGGCCACUUUCAUCAUCUUCCUCUGUAUAGCCGAUUCUUUUUAAAACCAUUGUAGCUGUUUAGUUGUUGAAGGAAACAGAACAAGAAAAACAGAGUAACUGUAAAGAAAGUUUACACAUGACACAGCUUUAUAGAAAUGCAGAACAUCCAGGAUUGGAUCUAUAU